AUGACGGCCAACCCGUUCAGAGCAAAGGCUGAGGAACGGGCAAAGUUGUGUAAGAAAGAUGAAGAUGACACUGAGCGCCCUGCCAAGCGCAUGUGCAAUCAGUACGAGAAACAGAUGGCCAAGAUGUCUGGUGACCUUCAGAUAGACCUGUUGGAAUACGUGGCUUCGUUUCGUGGUGAGCAUGUUUUUCCUGGGCAUCACCCUGCAGCUUUGGUGACCGAAGUUUUCGCUAGUGAGAGCGAUGAACACAACAAGCUUCACUGUCAGCAGUUAGAAGCAUGGUACCAAGACUAUGCAACCAAAAUCCGCAAGAUGCCUUACCUGUUCAAGACUCCGACCUCGGUUGUGGUUGACCCGUCGAUGGACAAUGAAACGGUCAAAGUCCCGAUCGUUUGCUUGAAGUUUACUCCUCCAGAGGACGGCUUGCCUGUGACUGAUGAUUGGUGCACUACCUUUGAAAGCAUGCUGUUUGGUGGUGUGGAGUUGGGGCGUGAGCCCCUCGAUGUCUCUUUGAAGUUCCCACCAGGCCAAUCCUUGCCUAUGGAAUGUCACUGCAUGGACCAAGUCAAAGGUUGGACCAGGUCAAGCGCGAUCAUGACCAUUUUGGUCGCGGCUUCAGAACUCGAUUUGUCAGAUGAGAAAGCUGAAGAGCAGCUGCGUCCGCUGUUCCAAGUCCUCGACCGUUGCUGGAUGGUAGCCUUCAACAUGGGGGCGGCCGACAGGAGCUUCCGAAACAUCUCCUUGAGUUUCCGCGGCAGUGAGCGUCAACCUCCAAGCGCACUGCAACUUGCACUUCGGUUUUCCAGAGUCCUUGAGCAAGCAGAAGCUGAAGGCCGUCACCAUGCAGACAUGACAACUGAGCAACGUCUUCAAGACGUAGUGGCCGAUUUCAACCAGACUCCUGGACUUCACGCCAAGCACCGAAUCGAAGAAGAUCGGUUCAAAGCAGUACUCAAUCUUCUGUCCGGCACGUCAGAGGAGUCUCGGGACAUCAUCAGACAACACCUGGAUACUCACAAAUGGUACCAGUCGGCCUUCAGCACUGAACAAUUCAAGGGAAGUCGGUGGAUGUUGACGGCAAGCCCAAAGGCCGCCAGUUGCCCAGCUGAGCUCCGCAGGUGCCUCACAGUGACUCCUCGCAGCCAGUCACUCCACUUGAGGUUGGUGGUGAAGAUGUUCACAGAUGCGGGUCGCCGGAUGCGCCCAUCAGCCCGUGGAAGGGCCCGACUGAGUUCCAGUCAGUUCGACCAGAUUUGUGACUUUGCAUGUGUAUUUGCACAUGUUUGGACAGAAGCCCGUGCGCUGGCCAGCUGGACUGAGGAGAAAGAUCACGCCAUGGAAAAGGCUUUCUUCCAGCGGGACUACAUCACAGAGAUCGAAGCUGCGGUGACCGCCAAGCUGAGCACUUGGAAGCCUGAACAUCUUUCCCUUUGGGUUGAUUUGGUCCAGCCACCAGCCGGGCCAGCAGCUGUCGCAACAGAAGUGGAGUUGGUCGAGAUGGAAGAUCAAGCCCAAGCAGCUCGCUACCGAGAGAUCUCUGCGAAACUUGCCCAAGAUGUGGCUGCCAUGACAGGGUUCAAUGCAGCACAGGAUGAGUCCACCCGACGCAGUCAUGUGGUCAACGUGAUGCACCAGAAGGCCCAGAUGACUAUGGGGAAGCAGCUCUGCGAAUCUUUCAUGGAGAAGAAUUGCCGGCUCUCUUUGGUGACCAAGAAGGACAGUUUUGACACUGGCCUGGAUGCUUUCCUCCGAAGCACUGCAUCCAGCAAAAAGGUGGCUGUUGGGGAUGUGGACUGCAUCCUCUACUUCGAUUGCACCAAGCUUGGGGUGCUUACCCAGGGAGAGGUGAACCUGAUUGGCGACUACGCCGAGAAAAUCUUGUUCAAGAACACCAAGCGUUUGGUGCCCAGGUCUGUGUUGGUGCUGCUGCCACCGUUGUUGGUCGGCACUGAAAGCGCUGGAACUUUGCGCGGAGACUUGAGGUUUUGCACCUCGCAGUUGUGGCUGCGGCAGAGCUUGCAGCUCGCGAACUUUCCCAAGGCGCUGGACGAGAAGAGCUUUGUGGUGCCUGGCGAAGCUUUCCUGUCCCAUGAUACCCGCCGGUCCUUGACGGACUUACAGGAGACUGCGCAGUGGUUGGGGGGACAGGCAGUUCCACAGAGCAUCUUGGAAGCCCUGACAGGUGAUCGCAAGAACUUCCAUGGUGCAGUGGUGGUGCAUCCGACUCUCUACGAUGGCUGUGUGGAGAUGGCUGGGCUACGUUUGGGUCACUUGGUCCUUGCAUCUUCUGGGCAGCCCCUCUACCACAACUCUGGCAAGGAGAUUGUGAAGAACCAUCUGGUGGAGGCUUGGAAAGCCGGAAGAUUUCCCAUGGACAAGGCCACUCCCCGCUACAAGAGUGCUCCGGCAGCAGAGGAGAUGCCAAGCUCUCCAGCCAUGCCAGAGCUGAAAGUGUGCCAGAUGGCUGAUGGGAGGCUUACGAUCCCACGGGAUGUGCGGCAAGCUUUCUUGUCUGAUCCAGUGUGGUCUCCAGAUUGGAGGGAGCAGCUGAAACAAUUCGAUGCUGACUGGGGGGUCGCCAUUCCCUCUGCUGUGGCUAUGGCGCAGGGUCCUUCAGCUGGAAGCUCCGAGGUGGCAGCUCCAACUGAGUUUUGGAAGAAGUACUUCGCUGAUGAGCCUGCCACUUUCGAAGCUUUGAAGACCAAGUGCAGCGAUGACUUCACUGAGCUUGCGGGCCCUGACUCUUCCACGUCCUUUGUCCUUGCCCCAGGCCCUGCCCUCUUCGUCAAUGCGAAAGAGGCCGUGUGCAUGAAGAACACUGGUACGCCCUUGGUGUGUCAUGGAGCUGGCACAUGGCUGUUGGGGGACAAAGCAGAGAAGUUUCAGAAAGAUCACCCUGGCAAAGGCAUUGCUUGUGCCUGGACCAGCGAUCAAGUGCUGGUGGUGGUUGAGGCCCUCCAAGGCGCAAAGGGUGUGGUGGACUAUACUUUGGGAGGCCAUCACUGUGCACGGCCACCAAGCGUUCAGCAAGGUCGGGAAGCAGACUGCUUUGAAGUCCGACCUGACCCUGCAAACGCCCUGGUUUGGAAACCCAACAAUGUGUCUGCCAGAGCCCUGAAAGCUGCCAAUGUUGCGUCCUCGUUUUCUUCGGCAUCCCUGGAGGCCAGCCCGUUGCAGAAGGUAUGGAGGCUCCGCUUUUGGACCAAUGAGAAAUGCAUCGCACCGGCGAAGCCAUUGUAUUUUUUGCCGUGUGACUUGGAGCUCCAGAAGGGCUCGUGCAAACGCGUCAUCUGA